AUGGCUGCAGACAAGGAAUUUGACUUGGUUCUUCUGGGCCCGACUGGAUAUACAGGAAAACUAACUGCUGAACACAUCGUCCGACACUUCCCCACGAACUUGAAAUGGGCUCUUAUCAUCACUGAUCAGCUGAACAGCGAAGUGAUGGAUUCUCUUGUCCGGCGGACUCGUGUCGUUAUAAACUGCGUCGGACCGUACCAUCUGUAUUCCACUCCAGUAGUCGAAGCUUGUGCGAAAAAUGGAACUCAUUAUGUUGAUGUGUUGAUUAUCCCGUCAGUUGGACUUGAAAGUGCCCCGCCGGACAUUUUGGCCUGGGCGGUGGUCAACCUCAUUCGUACAAAGCUGUCAGCCAAUCCAGCGGAGGUCGUUGGUUCGAUUUACGACAUCAAAGCUGCCGGGGCUAGCGGAGGAACGCUGAACACGAUGCUCACUACCAUCGAGACAGUCAAGCUCUCCGACCUGGCGAAAUUAGCAGAUCCCUAUGCGCUGGCCGCUUCGCCUUCUCCUCCCACCAGAGUCAUUCCCAGGAAGUCCCUUGCGGAACUGAUCUUGGGCGUGCGCUCAGUAUCUGAUCUGGGAACACUGACCACGUCUCCCAGUGGCCACAACGAUGAGACGAUCGUAAACCGGAGCAGCACUUUGCUGCCUGACUUCUACGGACCCUCGUUCUCCUACCGUCACUUCCUCCAUGUGCGAAACGCCUUCAUCGGCGUUGCGUUCCACUAUGCCUUGACUAUCGGAAUUGCGCUGCUUCUUCUGCCACCGGUCCGCUGGAUCGUUAGGCAAUUUGUCUACGCGCCUGGCCAGGGCCCAACGAAGGAAGAGAGUCGCAACGACAUGGUCGAGUUCCGUACCGUGGCGACGGUUGAUCAGAAGGGCGAGGGAAGACCCUCGCGCGCUAUCGGCAGUCUUUCUUUCCAGGGCAGCAUGUACGCGCUGACGGGCGUAACGGUGAGCGAGGCCGCGAGAGUGAUCUUAGAACACGAAAACGAAGUCAGACAGGUCUCUGGCGGGGGCAUCGUGACCCCAGCCACUCUGGGACAGAAUUAUCUUGAUCGAUUGGAGAAGGCUGGAUUUCGGAUCCAGACAAAGCUUCUUGACUAG